ACUAAAAUUGCUCCUCUCUUCCUUUUAUUUAUUUGUAAUGCUUCCUCUCCCUUUCAUGAAGAACCCACUGGAAGGCCAAAAUUUUCAGCGUGAAGAAGGUGAAAAUGACAUGCCAUUUCCAUUAUUGUGCCUGCUUUAUAGUCGCGUCCCAGCUCUCACCGACCAAAAGUUAAUGCUCAUCCUUGCAUAUAUAAAGCCCAUACACUCCAAACACUGAUUCCAGUUUGUCUUGAGCAUUUGUCACUCAUUCAAUCGUGACUAGUGGCAUAUGUAAGUCCAAACACUUACAUUAUGUAAGGCCUUCCUGUAUUCAAUUGUGGCUAGUGGCACGCUUCUCUAGUGGAAUAGUACCUCAAUUUCACAUCAAACCUAUCCUCUUCUGCUUUUGCUCUCACCUACUGGGCCCCCCUGCCCAUGCAUAUAGGCACAAAUACACAGGCAUAAAACCAAUUUACUGGAGCCUUCAACUUAUUAUCAUAGAACAACUUUUCUCAUAUAUUCUAGACUUCUGCUUCACAUCUUUAGUAUUCCAGCACAAGGUCCCAGACUACGGCUUCAAAAAUCUAAACUUUCAUGGCUUCCCGGCUUUUCUCUCUAAAGUACCAUCCAAAGUGCACCCUCGACCCUACCUUUCAUGGUGCCUUACCAAAAUGCAAAUUGAACAAAAAAACCAAAAAUUUUCUCUUCCAAUACAAGCCCUGUUUUCCAAGUUCAUCAACGUGUAUCAAACGUUCAACAUCCUUGUCAAGUUUAACUCCACAGCUAGAAGAAAUUUUAGUUUUAGAAGAAGACGAGAGGCCUCUUUGCCAAAUCUGGAAGGAAAUUCAAGGCUGCAACGAUUGGGAUGGACUACUAGACCCCAUGAAUCCUCAUCUCCGCAGAGAAAUCAUCCGCUAUGGUGAAUUUGCACAAGCAUGCUAUGAUUCUUUCGACUUUGAUCCUCACUCCAAGUACUGUGGUUCCUGCAAAUACCAAGGAGCCCAUUUCUUUGAAAAGCUUGGAAUGGCAGACCGUGGCUACCAAAUCAGUAGAUACCUCUAUGCUACCUCGAAUAUCAAUCUCCCAAACUUUUUCCAGAAAUCAAAUCUAAGCAGUGUAUGGAGCACCCAUGCAAACUGGAUGGGGUACGUAGCCGUAUGCACUGACGAAGAAGAGAUCAAACGGCUAGGAAGGCGCGAUAUUGUAAUUUCUUGGAGAGGUACGGUAACAUACCUUGAAUGGAUUUAUGAUCUCAAAGAUAUUCUUCAUCAAGCAAAUUUCACCAAGGACCCUUCUAUUAAAAUGGAGUUGGGGUUUUAUGACCUGUACACCAAAAAAGAAAACUCUUGCUCCUAUUGCUCAUUUUCGGCUCGUGAACAAGUGUUAGCUGAGAUUAAAAGGCUUCUUGAAUACUAUGAUGGAGAGGAAAUUAGUAUUACAAUCACAGGGCAUAGCCUUGGGGCAGCUUUGGCUUUAAUAACAGCUUAUGAUAUUGCGGAAUUGGGGCUUAAUCUUGUUGAAGGAGGAGAGUUUAGCAAUAAAGUACCAAUUACAGUUUACUCUUUUGCCGGUCCUCGAGUAGGCAAUCUUAAGUUUAAGGAAAGGUGUGACGAGCUAGGAGUUAAGGUACUUAGAGUUGUAAAUGUGCAUGAUAAAGUACCAACAGUGCCAGGUGUUUUUGCUAACGAGAAGCUUCAAUUUCAAAAGUAUUUAGAAGAGGCUGUAUCUUUUCCUUGGAGUUAUGCACAUGUCGGGGUGGAAUUGGCAUUGGAUCACACCAGUAGCCCAUUUCUCAAGUCCACCAACGAUAUUGCUUGUGCACACAAUCUAGAGGCCCAUUUACACUUGCUCGACGGCUACCAUGGCAAGGGGCGACGGUUUUGCUUGGUUAAUAAGAGGGACAUUGCCCUUGUUAACAAGGAUAGCAACUUCUUGAAGAGUGAUUAUGGGGUGCCACCUUAUUGGCGGCAGGACGAGAAUAAAGGAAUGGUAAGGAAUAGCGAUGGCCGUUGGGUUUUGCCGGAGAGACCCAGAGUGGAGGCACAUCCACAUGAUAUCUCCCACCACCUUGAAAAAAUCCUUAAGGUUGCUUCGACUUCUUCACAAUUGAAAGAUGCAUAAUGUUCCGUAGUAGUUACACACUGAUGUUUGAUGUCAAUGCUCAAUUAUGAACUCUUUUUUUCUUUCUUCUU